UUGUCUUUCAAUUUCAACGCGAUGACGAGCAAGAAAAAAAACAAAUCAAAACAUAAAAAAAAGAAAGGCAAUUUUGAGAACGCAGAUGACAGUUUGCGAAUACUUUUACAAGAUGAAGCAUUUGUGUACUGUAAAAUGGAAAACUACGAAAAAGCUAUUCGACAGUAUACCGCGGCGUUAGAGUUGAGCCCCAACGACAAAACGGCUUUGGUGUCCAGAAGCAAAUGCUAUCUCCUACUCGGACAACCGCGUUUGGCCUUGCAAGACGCUGAAGUAGCGUUGAACGAGGACAGCACGUACCUAAAAGCCAUUUAUCAGAAAGCAGAAGCGUUGUACCAUCUCGGCGAUUUCGAACACAGUCUUGUGUUUUACCACAGGGGACUUCACGUCCGACCUGAGCUAGAACAAUUCCGGUUGGGCGUGCAAAAAGCAAGAGAAGCCAUCGAAAAUGCUAUUGGAAAGAUGAAGGAGAUAGCGAUCGCCUUGCAACAGGAUGACGGGAUCGACAAAAGUCAAACGACCUCGGCCGGAGGAAAGGUCUCCGGCAGCAGAAGGUCGCUGCUGGCUGUGACGGGAUCGUCGUCACACCACAAAGACGCCAAAUCGUCAGUGGCCACCAAGAACCAGUCGAAAAUGCUGCUCAGGGAGUUGUGCGUGGACAAGGAUUAUCUGGAACACUUGACGAUAGAUCCGAACAUCGUAAGCGCCAUUCAAGAAAACGACAACUACAUACUGUCCGAAGCAAAAGAUGGCAUAAACUUUCUGAACGGUCGAGAAGAGUUCUGGAAACAACAAAAACUCAUCGUAUAAUAGUUCACUUCCCAACCCCAAUUGUUAUACUUUUGUUUUAUUUUAUUUUUGAGAUAUUUAGUACAACUACAUGUUGCUAUAACUUUGUGAAAUCAACUGGGUGGUGGAAAAUAUUGAGGAAACUUUGAAUACUUUUGUUACGCUGUAACAUAUUUCGCGAUGCAUUAACUUCUUUUAAAAUGUAACAACAUUUCAAACGACCGUCAAGAAAAAGCGUAAACAUUCGUAACCAUAGAAUUUGAAUGAAAAGUCUUAUAUGCCUAAAUAUCAUAUCUAUAGUCUAUAUCUAUGUCACAGAUGUAAAAAAAAAUUAUCAAAAAUUAAAUAUUUUCCAUUUCGAAAUAGUAGUUAUGUUCAGACGUUCUGUGUUUAACCACAAUUAUUUUUAAAAUAGAUUAUUAAAUUUUCUGGGAUUGUUUGAAACAUUUUUCAUGAUAAUCAUGUAAUCUUUACCAAUUUUCCAUGAUGCAUGUGUAAUAUUUAUUGAUUUAUUUUUUUAUAACUAUAAUAAAAGCAAUAUUUUCAACGACCAAUCGUGCUCAUGGAUUUAAUUCACACGUUCUUUCUAAUUUCUGCCACAUACACAUUGUAAUUCUAUACAAUAUUAUAAUCAAACAAUUCAUAUGAUAAUAUCAUAAAUUAUUUUGCGUCAUAACUCUAGUAUUAUGUGCAAUUUAUGUUUCAUUUCAAAUAAAUUGAUUCUAGGAAUAAUAGAAUUCAAUUUAUCUAUCAACAAUUAUUUUUUUGUGCAUUUUAUGAUAGUUAUUCGUGCAUCGUACCUCAAAAGAAUUCUUUUUUAACUUUUUGUUUUGAACAAUUCAAAUUUAAAAUGAUUACUAAGAGUUUGGUUCUUAAGUUCGGUAUAAAGUACUUACUGGUAAUUGCUUACUAAUUACUUUUGUCUUUUGCGUAAACAAAAGUUCGUAAAAGUUUAAAGUGGUGUAUACCUCACGCGAUGCUAACAAUUCGUAUUUAAAGUUAAUGAUGUUCUUAAUUUUUAGCCGUUAUGCAAUACAUGUAUAGGUGAUGUCCUACGUUUUGAUUUAUACCAAUAUAAGGUAAUAUCGCUGAGUUAAUAAUAAUAAUAGUAAUAAAAAUAAUAGUUAAUAACUACGAAUAGUAAUACGAACAGUGUAUCUAUAGAGUUUUAUUUCUUAAAAAUAAAAAAUAAAUAAAAAAAUGAAAUUAUUCUUAAUUCGUACAUAGUUAUACAUAGUUAUUACAUAUACAUAAGUAACACAGAAUGAUCAACUGUAUUGUUAUUUGGUAUAAACAUUUUAAUUUCAACAUUUCAACAUUAGUAGAAUUUACGUACACGAUUUUAUUGAAUUUCUCGUGGUUUGCGUAAUUCAGGAGAUAUAAAAAAAUAAAGAUGAUAAAUAUUUAAUAUAAAUAUAGUAUAGUUUGUUUUUUAUAAAAAUUGUUAUUGGGCUGAAAGAAAUACGUAACAAUACACCAUCAAUAAGUAUAACGAUAGGCAAUAGCAAUAUUAUACAAUAAUAUUAUUUAAACAUACUAUCGCAUAACAAAGUGUAACUUGAAGGUCUUGAACGUUUUACAAUGUAAAAAUGUCGUACAUCUCCGUGUCACGCAUCAAAUAUAAUGAUUUUUAAUUA